CUUUACAGAACAGCAGCCCCACCCAACCAACCAGCCAACAUCGGUUCUUGCAUGUUUCAAAUUGAGCUGUGUCGUACGUCCACGAAACUACACCUCGUGCGACGGCAACAUCAGCCCCACCGCAGCACACUUAUUACUACCUACCUGCCCAGGCUGUCACCUACUUGAGGUAGGUAGUGCAUAGCAUCCGCAGCCUCAGAGCCCGCCACCACCCUCCGUUGGGCAUGCGCCUGUUAUCCCCUCGGGCGGCCGCGGCUCGGCUGUCGAAACAUCCCAUCUACAUUGCCCUGGCCCUGGUGGCCCUCGUCAUCUUUCGAACAUUCCUGCCGUCUCCUUCGUUCGGCCCUCCUCCGAGAUAUCUGUCGGCCCUCCGCAACAUCGACUUCGUACCGUCCGCCUUCAACUGGACCUCAGCCGAGCUCUUCUUCCCGCCGACCCCUCCUCUCGCUGCCUUGCCUGCCGGCAUUCCGAAAUCCUUCCCUCACGUACAAUACAAUUUUGGCUCGAAAGGAGGUGAUGAGAGCAACAAGGUCGCCGAGCGGCGCAGAAAGGCUGUCAGGGAUGCCUUCGUUCGCUGCUGGUCCUCGUACAGAAAGGAGGCUUGGCUUUGGGACGAGCUGGAGCCCGUGUCCGGUGGCGGCAAGAACACCUUUGGCGGGUGGGCAGCCACUCUCGUCGAUAGUCUUGACACCUUGUGGAUAAUGGGCCUAUACGACGAGUUCCACGACGCUGCCAAAGCCGCUGCCAAGCUCGACUGGUCCAACACCACCGACAGCAGCGCAAACUUGUUUGAGACGACAAUACGGCAUCUGGGAGGUCUUCUCAGCGCCUACGACCUGAGUGGGACACCCGCCCUCCUGGAAAAGGCGAGAGAGCUCGGUGACAUGCUCUAUAUGGGCUUUGAUACUCCCAACCGCCUGCCAGGGUUCUGGCUCAACUUUGAUGACGCCCGCAAUGGUCGCCAGGUUGCUGGGACGCACGAUCCGAGCGCUUCUCCGUCGUCUUUGGCACUCGAGUUUACGAGAUUGGCCCAACUGACCGGGGACAAUAAAUACUACGACGCUAUUGAUCGAGUGCGCGCCUUCCUGGCUCGCACUCAAGAUCAGUCUCAGAUCCCCGGGAUGUGGCCUACCGCCCUCAACUUCCAGCGCGAAGAAGUCAUGUCUGACAACAGCUUCACUCUCGGCGCCCUGGCUGACAGCCUGUAUGAGUACCUUCCAAAGAUGUUUAUUCUUACAGGGGGGCUGGAGCCAUCCUAUGAGCAAAUGUAUCGGAAGUCCAUGGAUGUAGUUAUCAAGCACAUUCUGUUCAGGCCGAUGCUUCCCGACCAGGAUGAUAUUUUAUUUGCAGGCAACGCUCACGCGAGGCAAAACGGCAUUGAAUUGGACCCCGAAGGUCAGCAUCUAGCUUGUUUUGUGGGCGGUAUGUUCCUGCUGGGGGGCAGGACAUUUGGUAUUGAACCUCACAUCCGGAUUGGCGAGCGCGUCACGCGUGGGUGCACGUGGGGCUAUGACGCGUUUCCAACCGGCCUUUUGCCCGAGCUUUUCGCUCUGAUCCCUUGUCCCUCGCUGGCGCCUUGUGAUUGGGAUGAAGAGAAAUGGUCCACGCAAGGCAACAAAGCACUCAAGAAGGGCUUCAAGCACGCACGGGAUGCCCGAUAUAUACUGCGGCCAGAGGCGAUCGAGAGUGUCUUCAUACUAUAUAGAGUCACCGGGCAGGAGGAGAUCAGGGACAUCGCAUGGACAAUGUUCCAAAGCAUCAUGCGCGCUACCGAAACUCCUUUGGCGAACUCUGCUAUCAGGGAUGUCACCGUGUCAGGGCCAACGGACAAGAUGAACUCCAUGGAGAGCUUUUGGACAGCCGAGACCCUGAAGUACUUUUACUUGAUCUUCUCGCCGCCAGAUGUCAUCAGUCUAGACGAAUACGUCUUCAACACUGAGGCUCACCCCCUCAGACGGCCUCGACCAGGACCUUGAAUGACGGACCCCUGAGUCGCAUCCCACGACAAUUAUAUGGUAUACCAGCUGGCAAUGUUUUUCAACACCUGUGAUGGAAAUAUCCAAGACUUGAGCUGAACAGACCAUCUUACCGUCCAACUCAUGCCCUUGCCCGACGCAAUACCCGAUCCUGUAUGAGGGCAUCUCCUGGUGUGCAGACCAUCCUCCAAUGACGAGCAAGCCCCAAACAGCCCCGUAUCACAAGUCUGGGGAAGACGAUAUUACCUUGGCGCACAGAGACAAGGCGAGCCGUACAGUCUUCAACGAGCUGUCUCCUUGCCGCGCAAGGUCAGGUGUUCAGGUCCAUGGACGCACUUGUGCUAGCGACAGUUUCGAAAAUGCUACAUCCCACAUCGACCACAAUUUCAGCUGCAUCAGUAGCCUAGUCUAGGACUUCCCGGUGGGCGUCACUCGAAAUCCGAGUAUAACUUCUCCCAUGACGAGGUCCGCUCUGGUCUCUUCUAGCUUUUUACCGAGACUGGCUGGCUCCUUCGGUACACUGCAAAGGAGCCCAUCUUCCAAACGCACCCUAUUUUUGAAGGUUUUGAAGACCCAAGCGCACAUGGCCUGAGGUUUUGAGGACGCAAGAAACCCUGCUCAUGCGAGGUGAGCAAAACUGGAGCUUUCAGUAUUAGCAUCACCUUGCUUUUUCUCAGCCGUUCCAGAUUACCCCAGGGUACGUAGCCUCACUGCAUCCGUGUCGAUACGGCUUCGAUGCUGGUAUCUGGGACGAUCCUUCGGGCUGCUGUAUUGACAAAUCCCUCCCCCUAUGCGCGAGCACUGUCGGUUUCGGCCUGGGCAGACUUGCCAGGAUACAAUCCCCCGUCCUUGUGCCACACGUACUCUAUCGGGCCGUUGGCCUCUAGCCCGCCGUCGCCCCCGCUCGCUUCCACUGUGGCUCCACUACCGCAUGCUCGUCACGGUCGUCUAAAUGUGCUGUCCCAAAACAGGUCUGGAAUCUGGCCUUCUCAGGGCUGUCGUGCUUCCACUGGGCUGUCUUCCAGCCACGGAAUUCCUCACAUCGGCACCUCCACGUGUAGGGUCCUUGGUACGAAACUUCAAGAGAGUGGUCUGUUAACACAGUUCUUGUGUGCAGUCAUCAUUGAUGUGGAUUUCAUGAUAGUCGGCCUUGGACUGAUGGAAUCCGGAAUACAGUAGUACUGGCAAAUUAAUUCAGCCCGUCGCGAAUACAAUGUCCAUGCCCAAAUUUAGAUCCACACGUUGGGGCGAACAAAUUAAGCACCCCGAAGGCUAUGGACACGACCGAGUCCUUGCAGUACGGGAAUGAAGCCCUUUCGACGCGUCAACACAAAAUGCCUGAGCUGAUCGAUUCAAGGGACAGAAGGGUGGAGAAGGCGAUUAGAUCAUUCGAC